AUGGUUGUUCCCAGCCCGCUGACCCACGAUCAGCUCUUCGCCCAGCUCGAGACACAGUACCACCACAAGUUUGUGCCCGCUUCGGCACUCUUCUGGACACACAAUGGGCAGCAUGCGAUGCGGCUUGAGGUCCCAAGGGCGCCUCAUGCGGGAGUUCAAAGACAAGAUGACGAUCCGGAGGGAUACCUCUUUUACAACCACGUCGAAGACCUCGACCUCGAGCGGGGAACACGUUAUGUCAUGUUCCCAAACACCUACAGAACCAAGCAAGACCACGCCGCCGUCGUCCAGUUCUUCCACAAUGACCCUAGCAAGUGCUACGCACAGCUGAACAACGACCAGAACAUCCCGAGACGAGUGAAGGGUUUUGUGGACUUCAAUCCCGAUAGGGUUCUGUUCUACCCGAAGCAGAUGAACCCGGAGUUUACUGCGAUAUUCAUUCCUUCUGAGGCUAUCAAAAUGCCUGACGCGCUAGGAACAGCCAGCGUUGAGACGCAGACAGUCGAAUGGAGCAACAUCUAA